AUGCCCAUGGGAGCUGGAGUAUCAACGCAGUACAAGUGGAGAGUUUUCCCUUCUCAGCCCCUUCUGCAAAGGAACAUACAGUCAAGGCACAGGGAAAGCGGAGACACACAAGACACUAAGCUCUUCCACUGCUUGGGGGCCCCCGAGCCGCUGCGCUGGCUGCUCCGCUCGCCCUUCGACCGCAACGUGCCCGUCCAGCUGGAGCUGCAGGAGCUGCUCCUCGACCACGUCUUCCAGCGCCUCGGCGUCGCCUCUCAGGGUUGUGUUGAUCAUCCAAUUGUUUUGACAGAAGCAGUGUGCAAUCCCCUGUAUUCGAGACAAAUGAUGUCAGAGCUCCUCUUCGAAUGUUAUCAAGUACCAAAAGUGUCCUAUGGCGUAGAUAGCUUGUACAGUUUUUACCACAACAGAAGGCAGAACUGGCCCUGCAGCGGUUUGGUAAUAUCUUCAGGUUAUCAGUGUACGCACAUUUUGCCAGUCUUAGACGGCAGGUUGGAUGCUAAAAACUGCAAACGUAUUAAUCUUGGAGGGUGUCAAGCAGCUGUAUAUCUCCAACGCCUCCUUCAGCUGAAAUACCCAGGACAUUUUGCUGCCAUCACUCUCAGUCGCAUGGAGGAAAUACUGCAUGAGCAUAGCUACAUUGCAGAGGAUUAUAUAGAAGAGCUACAGAAGUGGCGGUCCCCAGAGUACUAUGAGAACAACAUGCACAAGAUGCAGCUGCCUUUCUCUAACAAACUGCUGGGAAGCACUCUGACAUCUGAGGAAAAGCAGGAGAGGCGGCAGCAGCAGUUACGUCGGCUUCAAGAACUCAAUGCACGUCGUCGAGAAGAGAAGCUGCAACUUGACCAAGAGAGGCUGGACAGGUUACUGUACAUACAGGAACUUUUAGAAGAUGGUCAAAUGGAUCAAUUCCACAAAGCUUUGGUGGAGCUGAACAUGGAUUCUGCAGAAGAACUUCAGUCUUACAUCAACAAAUUGAGUCUAUCUGUUGAACAAGCGAAGCAGAAAAUCCUACAGGCAGAAGUCAAUAUUGAAGUAGAUGUUGUGGACAGCAAGCCAGAGACUCCUGAUUUGGAUCCAUUAGGCAGUGAACAGUCACUGGAGGAUGUGGAAAGUAUUAAUGAAUUUGAACCUUUAUUUGCUGAGGAACAGCCUGAAGUUGAGAAGCCUGUUGCUGCAGUGCAGCCCGUGUUUAACCUGGCAGAGUACCACCAGCUUUUCCUUGGCACUGAAAGAAUCAGGGCUCCGGAGAUAGUCUUCCAGCCCUCCCUGAUAGGAGAAGACCAGGCUGGUAUAGCAGAAACCAUGCAGUACGUCCUUGAGAGGUAUCCAAAGGAACAACAAGCUAUUCUUGUCCAGAAUGUUUUUCUCACUGGUGGAAAUACAAUGUACCCUGGUCUGAAAGCCAGAGUCCAGAAGGAACUCCUCGAAAUGAGGCCGUUCCAGUCGUCUUUUCAGGUUCACCUUGCUUCCAGUCCUGUUUUAGAUGCCUGGUACGGGGCUAGGGAUUGGGCAGUGGAACACAUGACUCGUGAGGAAGGCUGGAUAACCAGAAAAGACUAUGAAGAAAAAGGGGGAGAAUACCUCAAGGAACACUGUGCUUCAAAUGUCUAUGUUCCCAUUCGCCUUCCAAAGCAGGCCCCACGGACAACAGAGGCGUUAGCACCUAGCAGAGCGCUGACAUCCAGCACAGGGAAUCCUUGUGAGCAGGCGUAGCACUGCGCUUUUGUCGCAGGCCCUCGGAUGGAGAUAACAGUGCAGAGAACAGAAGAGUUACUGGGUUGCAGUGUGAGCUGUGCAUGGAGUGCAGGCUUCAGCCUAGCCUUGCUGGCUGCUCAGAGAGCACUAAGCAUCUCAUCCCGUCACUUGAACGACGAGGACAAGCCACGCUGGGGUGUCGGCUGGAACGGUCGUAGCACUUGCAGCGCUUAGUGCUGGUCACGCAUAGCACAGGAGUAUGCAUCAACAAGGAGGAACACAACAGAAGUGCGUUCCAGAGAAAAAUACCAUCUUAUAAACUUCCAUAGUAAGACUCAGGGUUUUUUGA